UGUCCUAUCGCUGCACUCAUUGCCCCCUCCCGAGCCGCCUCCUGUCCGCCGCUCUUCCACUUCACCCGUAUCUCUGCCGACAAACACAACAGCCAUGCUCGAAGCCCGCCUCGAUCAAGCCAGUGUCCUCAAGAAGAUCAUGGAUGCCCUGAAGGAGCUCGUCUCCGAGGCCAACUUUGACUGCAACGACACCGGUAUUGCCCUGCAGGCCAUGGACAACUCCCACGUCGCCCUGGUGGCCCUGCUGCUCCGUUCGAACGGAUUUGACCCCUACCGCUGUGAUCGCAACCUGUCCCUGGGUAUCUCCCUCGUCUCGCUCGGCAAGAUCCUCAAGUGUGCCGGCAACGACGAUGUCAUCACCAUCAAGGCCGAAGACAGCGGCGAUCACCUCAGCUUGAUGUUCGAGAGUCCCAAUCAGGACCGCGUCUCGGAGUACGAGCUCAAGCUCAUGGACAUUGACAGCGAGCACUUGGGUAUCCCCGAGACCGACUACGACACUGUUGUUCGCAUGUCCUCCGCCGAGUUCCAGCGGAUCUGCCGCGACCUUCGCGUCCUGAGUGAAUCUGUCACAAUCGAUGCCACCAAGAGCGGUGUUCGCUUUACCGCCACCGGCGAUGUUGGCAAGGGUAGCAUCACCCUGAAGCAAGGCGGCACGAUCGAUGAUGAGAAGGGCUCCAGCAACACCACCAUCGAAAUGAACCAGCCCUGCAGCCUGACCUUUUGCCUGAGGUAUCUGACAGACUUCACCAAAGCCACUUCCCUCAGCGACACCGUCACUCUCAGCAUGUCCGAUGGUGUCCCUCUGCUGAUCGAAUACAAGAUCGAAGACAUGGGUUACAUUAGAUACUACCUGGCUCCCAAGAUCGGCGACAACGAGUAAACCCUGCCAGGCCAUGAUCCGAAUGCAGGACGAUCGCUUCGCUGUCUGCCCUGAAGUAUUUCUCCACUCCCUUCCAUUCCAUUCCAUUCCCCCUACUUCUGUUUUCGUGGCUUGGCUGUUGCUCCGGCUGCAAAUCCUCACACCGAUCUGUUUUGAUUGUUUUGAUAUUGGCCCAUCUUUCCUGCUUGCGACGCCUGUGCUCGACUGCGCGACCACACACAAUGCAGUGACAACCGUGGUGAGCAUGGGAACGGGCAACCUGCUCCGUAGGAUUGUCGCCGCCUCCGCCUCCCUCAAACAAUAAAGAGUAUCUAUAAAGCGU